CCGGAGCGCACUUCUCUCGACAACCACAUUAAACCUUUAGAAGUUUAGUUCAACUUCAGCGUAACGAUGGCCCCCAAGAGCAAGAAGACCGGUGACACCAUCAACUCGCGCCUGGCGCUUGUGAUGAAGUCCGGAAAGGUCACCCUCGGCUACAAGUCCACCAUCAAGACCCUCCGCUCUGGCAAGGCCAAGCUGGUCAUCAUCGCCGCCAACACUCCCCCUCUCCGCAAGAGUGAGCUCGAGUACUACGCCAUGCUUGCCAAGGCUCCCGUCCACCACUUCUCCGGAAACAACAUUGAGCUCGGUACCGCCUGCGGUAAGCUCUUCCGCACCUCCACCAUGGCUAUCCUCGAUGCCGGUGACUCCGACAUCCUCUCUAGCCAGUAGGUGUAAAGCUUUGUCAAUGAUUUCAUGUUAUGUCUGAACGGCGGAAUGCCAUGAUGUACACCGUCACGGCACGAUUUAGAUAAUGACAGAAUGAACUUUACAUCUAUA